CGGCCCGGCUCCGCCCCGGCGCCCCGCGCCUCCUCGCCGCAAACGCUUCGCAGAGCCGCGAAGCAAGAUAUGGCCUCCCACGGCGCGCAGUCCGGGCCAGCCAGUUGCCAAAAGAAAGGAGAUUUGGCGAUGGAGGCUUUGUUGGAAGGAAUACAAAAUCGGGGGCAUGAUGGGGGAUUUUUGACAUCCUGUGAAGCAGAACUGCAGGAGCUCAUGAAACAGAUUGACAUAAUGGUAGCUCAUAAGAAAUCUGAAUGGGAAGGACAGACACACGCUCUAGAAACUUGCUUGGACAUCCGUGAACGGGAACUUAAGGCUCUCAGGAGUCAGUUGGAUUUGAAACACAAAGAGAUUGGAAUGUUGCGUCAGCAGGUAGAAAACCAUGAAAAGGUCAAGCAAGAGAUGGCCAUGGAGUAUAAGCAGGAGUUAAAGAAACUGCAUGAAGAGUUAGGCAGACUGAAGAGAAGCUAUGAAAAGCUCCAGAAAAAACAUGUAAGAGACUUCAGAGGAAAUGCCAAAAAUCACAGGGAAGAUCGGUCUGAAAUUGAGAGGUUAACUGGAAAAAUAGAGGAAUUUCGUCAGAAAUCACUGGACUGGGAGAAGCAGCGCUUGAUUUAUCAGCAACAGGUGUCUUCUCUGGAGGCACAAAGAAAGGCUCUAGCUGAACAAUCAGAGAUAAUUCAGGCUCAGCUUGCCAAUCGGAAACAAAAAUUAGAGUCUGUGGAACUGUCCAGCCAGUCAGAAAUUCAGCACCUGAGCAGUAAGCUGGAGCGGGCCAAUGAUACUAUCUGUGCCAAUGAGUUGGAAAUAGAGCGCCUCACCAUGAGAGUCAAUGACUUGGUUGGAACCAAUAUGACUAUUAUGCAAGAGCAGCGGCAGAAAGAAGAAAAAUUGAGGGAAUCUGAAAAACUACUAGAGGUUCUUCAAGAAGAAAAGAGAGGAUUGAAGGCAGCUCUUCAGAAUCAAGAAAAUUUUAUCCAUGAUGCAAGAAUACAAAAGGAGAAGCUGCAAGCAAAAUUAAAGGCAGCUGAUACUCAACACACAGUAGAGACCAUAAGAUCACUGGAGGAACCUCUGGCGGAAAGGAGGUAUGCCUCUCAAGGGCAGGGGGACUUGCAGAACGUGCUCUGCCAACUGGAUUUUACCCACACUAGUGAAGAGCUUCUGCAGGCAGAGGUGACGCGUCUGGAAGGCAGCUUAGAAUCUGUGAGUGCAACAUGUAAACAGCUGAGCCAAGAGCUAAUGGAAAAAUAUGGAGAGCUGAAGAAGAUGGAAGUGCACAACAAUGAGUACAGGGCUGAGAUCAAGAAGUUGAAAGAACAGAUUUUACAGGCUGAACAGAGUUACAGUUCUGUACUAGAAGGAAUGAAGAUGGAGAUCUCCCAGCUAACUCGAGAGUUACAUCAGCGAGAUAUCACCAUUGCUUCCACCAAAAGUUCUUCCUCUGACAUGGAAAAGCGACUCAGAGCAGAGAUACAGAAGGCGGAAGAAAAAGCAGUCGAGCAUAAGGAGAUGUUGGGUCAGCUGGAAUCACUGAAGUUAGAAAAUCGUCAUCUUUCUGAAAUGGUGAUGAAAUUGGAAUUGGGUUUACAUGAGGCAAAAGAGAUUUCACUAGCAGACCUCCAGGAAAAUUAUAUUGAGGCAUUAAAUAAAUUAGUAUCUGAAAAUCAACAACUACAAAAAGAUUUGAUGGAUACCAAAGGUCAGCUGGAGAUUUCUACUCAGAUAUGCAAAAAAAACCGGGACAGGAUCUUUAAACCAACACACAGCAGAGUACCUGAGUUCAAGAAUACAGAGUUCAAUUCAGCCCAUGGCCAGCACAGGCAUGAUGGGAUGAAGGCUGAGCCCUACAAAGCAGGUCUUCAUUCUCCGCAAGGACAAGCGUCGGAUAGCAUAGAGCCUGUGUCCCUGUCCAGGGGCUUCAGCCCCCCGAGCCAUCAGAUCAGCUCUUGCUGCUCCACUGUCUCCCUGCCAUCUAACUUUCUGUGCAAAACUAACUCUCUGCCUUCAGUGCUAGAUACAAAUGAAGCCAACUUUUCUGACACUAUCUCUGAGAGUAUAAAUGACCCAGAAGACUUUACAUCUUUGUGUCCCUUGCCUCUGUCUCCUCUUGGUUCAAUAGCCACAAGAUUUUUGGAAGAGGAAGAGCUGAGGUCUCAUCACAUUCUAGAGCGCCUAGAUGCCCACAUCGAAGAACUAAAGCGAGAAAGUGAAAAGACAGUGAAACAAUUCACAGUCCUAAAGUAGCCUCUUAAAAAUCACAGACUUGGAAAUAAAAAUAAACUCUGAAGAGUUACUGUCAUCAUGAAGCAGCAGCUCUUUGAAAACCUGAACAUACGACUAUAUAGAAGCCACAAAAAUGAGAUGUACUAAAGCUGCCGUGAGGAAUCUGAGAAGCUGAUACUUAGCUCUAAGGUGUUUUCUCUGCACUGUCUUGUUUAAAGGACUUUUUCCAGCAAUAACAUGUAA